CAGAUAUUUCCCAAAUUCAUUACGUCUUCUCGGCCACAUCUCAAGUUCAAAUGUCAUCGAACUCAACACAAAACAGGGCCGACAGGCUUCGGGGCCUCCUCAAUCCGUGCGAGCCGGCGAUAGCCAUGUCGUCCCACAAUGCUCUCUCCGCGAAACUAGUUGAAGAAGCAGGCUUUGCCGCUGUUUGGGUGAGCGGCUUCGAGAUUUCCGCUGCAAACGCAGUUCCUGACGCCAGCAUUCUGCCAAUGAGUGUCAACUUGGAGGUCACUCGCACCAUGAGCGCCGCGACCAACCUGCCCCUCAUUGUAGACAUUGAUACAGGCUUUGGAAACGCUGUCAAUGUUGCCUACUCAGUUCCGCAGUUCGAAUUGGCCGGUGCCACAGCCGUCGUAUUAGAAGACAAAGUCUUCCCGAAAGACACUAGCCUCAGGGCCAACGGAAGACACAGUCUGGUACCCAUACAGGAGUUCCAGGGAAAGAUAUCGGCGGCCAAGAGCACAAGUUCACUUGUUAUCAUCGCCAGGACCGAGGCUCUUAUUGCUGGCUUGGGGCAGCAAGAGGCCUUGCGCAGGGCUGAGGCGUAUGCAGACGCGGGUGCCGAUGCUAUUCUGGUACACAGCAAGCAGAAGACGCCGGAAGAGAUUGUCUCUUUCUGCAAGGCGUGGGAUGGCAGAGUGCCACUUGUGAUAGUGCCCACCAACUACCCUUCCCUUGGGUUCGACGAGGUUGCAGCGCUCUCGAAAGUUGGACUGGUUAUCUGUGGGAAUCAUGGAAUACGAGCAGCAGUUGGUGGGAUGAGGUCCGUGUUUGCUUCUAUUCGUCACAAAAGGGGGUUGCAUUCUGUUGAGGCGACAAUUCCUUCAGUUGAACAGAUUUUUGCGCUACAGGGAGAUAAGGAGAUGCGUCUUAUUGAAAAGAAUUAUGUACGUUAA